GUCAAAGUGUCUUUGCCCUCUAGUGUACACAGUGUACCACGUUAAACCGAAUGUAAGUAUUUGCCCCGGAUAUGAAGUGACUUCAAAACGGGUCGGGUCGGGGCUGUAGUAUUUGUGCUACUGAAACCGGUGACGCCGGAGAGCAUAAAGAAGGAAUAAACGGAAACCUAAGAACGAGGAAGAAGAAGACCGAAUCAAAUAAAACGGACCGUCUUGAUUACGUUUUAAAGAAGACCGAAUCAAAUAGAAACGGCAACCUAAACGGCGUGAAGCUGUGAUGAAUGUUUGGUUUCUUAGAAUGUGGAAGAAAAAACUUGCUUGGCUUCCAAUCAGACGCUUUUCCUCAACACCUGAAAUCCCAACACUAUACUCAUUCCUUCAACCUUCGAUCUUCGCCCUCAAAACAGACCCAUCGUGCUCCUCCUCGUUCUCAGUACCCACCACCAAGCUCCCUACUUCACCCCCCAAAACCCUAACCCCAGACCACAUAACCUCUUUAGAAACCACAAUCCAUAAUUCCAUCCUCACCAACAACACUGAUGAGGCCUGGAAGUCCUUCAAGAUCCUCACUGGGAGCUCUGCUUUCCCAAGUAAGUCCAUCACCAAUUUUCUUAUUGCCCAUUUGUCCUCACUCAAGGACGUUCAUAAUCUCAAAAGGGCUUUUGCCUCUGUAGUCUAUGUUGUUGAGAAAUACCCAGGAUUGUUGGAAUUUGAAACUGUUAAAUCUCUGUUGGAUUCUUUUAAUUGUGCCAACACUGCUGCACCUGCUUUUGCUUUGAUCAAAUGUAUGUUCAAGAAUAGAUUUUUUGUACCUUUCAGCGUAUGGGGCAAUGUACUCGUUGAAAUCAGCAGGAAAAAUGGAAACUUUUCUGCUUUCUUACGGGUUUUCGAAGAGAAUUGUAGGAUUGCUUUGGAUGAGAAACUUGAUUUUAUGAAACCCGAUUUGAUUGCUUGUAAUGCAGCACUAGAAGGGUGUUGUCGUGAGCUUGAAUCGGUGGAUGAUGCCGAGAAGGUUGUUGAAACAAUGUCCAUUUUGGGUGUUCGGCCUGAUGAAUUGAGUUUUGGUUAUCUUGCUUAUUUGUAUGCAUUGAAGGGCCUUGAAGAAAAGAUAAGUGAGUUAGAGAAUCUGAUGAUUGGGUUUGGAUUUUCGGAUAAAAGGGUAUUUCAGCGGAAUUUGAUUGGUGGGUAUGUGAAAUCAGGCAAUUCAGAAUCAGUUUUGGAAACUAUCUUGAGUGGUCUUAGAGAAGGAAAUGGAGAAUACUUGAAUUUAAGUGAAGAAACUUAUUGUGAGGUUGUCAAGGGAUUUCUUCCAAAUGGAGGUAUCAAAGCAUUAGCAAAUUUAGUCAUUGAGGCUCAAAAGUUGGAGCCUUCGACUGUUGUGGCUGAUAAAUCCGUUGGAUACGGUAUUAUUAGUGCAUGUGUUAAUCUUGGAUUAUUAGACAAGGCACACAGCAUUCUCGAUGAAAUGAAUGCUCAGGAAGGAUAUUUGGGGCUUGGUGUCUAUGUGCCAAUUUUGAAGGCUUACUGCAAAGAGCAUCGAACUGCUGAAGCCACUCAGUUGGUCAUGGAUAUUAGCAAUUCAGGGUUGCAGUUGGAUGUUGGAACGUAUGAUGCUUUAAUAGAUGCAUCCAUGUCUGGCCAAGAUUUUCAAUCUGCUCUUUCUUUGUUUAGGGACAUGAGAGAUGCAAGAUUGUCAGACUUGAAGGGUAGUUACCUGACUAUAAUGACAGGCUUGAUGGAAAAUCACCGGCCAGAAUUAAUGGCAGCCUUCUUAGAUGAUGUUGUUGAGGACCCUCGAGUUGAAGUGGGUACCCAUGACUGGAAUUCAAUUAUUCAUGCCUUUUGUAAAGCUGGGAGACUAGAAGAUGCAAGAAGGACUUUUAGAAGGAUGAUAUUUUUACAGUUUAAACCAAAUGAGCAGACAUACUUGUCUUUGAUCAGUGGUUAUGUUUUGGCAGAGAAAUAUUUCAGUGUUCUGAUGCUUUGGAAUGAGGUGAAGCGAAAUUUGUCAGUUGAUGGAGAGAAGGGGCUCAAAUUUGACCAAAACUUGGUUGAUGCCUUCCUUUAUGCUCUUAUUAAAGGGGGUUUCUUUGAUGCUGCAAUGCAAGUUGUUGAGAAAUCUCAAGAGAUGAAGAUCUUUGUUGAUAAGUGGAGGUACAAGCAAGCAUUUAUGGAGACCCAUAAGAAGCUUAAAGUGGCAAAGUUGAGAAAGAGGAACUUUAGGAAAAUGGAAGCGCUUGUUGCUUUCAAGAAUUGGGCAGGUCUGAAUGCAUGAACUCUGGCAGUGUCUGAGCUAAUUUUCUCCAUUUAUGCUUCUGCUCCAAGCUCUGCCUACCCAUCGACAAUUCAAAAGGGAAUUUGAGGAAGAAGAGGUUAUUGAAAAACAGCUCUCUUGAUGCAUUGAUGAAGAGAGUAUCAAGGUUGUACAAAAUUACAUUUAUUGGGUUAAACCUUGAUUCUGAAGUUUUUAAUGGAUGCAGGUGCUUCUGAAGUUGUUCAGUUCCUCAAUGUUUAGGCUGGUUUUCCUGUUUUAACUGUACAAGCACUUGAAAUGGAAAUUAAAGGACUCGUACAUUGCAAAAGAAGAAUUCUUGGCGAUGCAAGUGAUUAUGUGAAUCCGUGACCUUGUUGGAAAGGCGAUGUUUACUUGGGAGGAAUUGCGACAAUCAUCUCAAUAAGUCCAUGCUCCAGGAAAAGUUCAACAUAAUGAUUUGAAUGAUGUUAUGUUAAACAGGUUUAGUUUGCUGGAUGAAGUAAUAUUUGUUAGAAAUGGAUUAGCUUAAGAAUUUAGUGAUCCCUAAUUAUUUCUAUGUAUAAGUAGGAUUUCCACUGCAAAAGCAGACCUCAAGCUUUGUUGGUAGGCACUGUGAUAGUAGUGGAACUGAGAACUUCCCUGUUCAAAUGUACACACCAAUUGAAAUAAAUUUUUUUUCUCUUUUGAGUUUCAAA